AUGAUGAAGAUCGACAAGGAUAAGAAAAGCAGCAAAUGUGAGUCAGGAGAGCCGACGAUAAAGUAUGAAAUUUGAUUCAAUAUCACCUUAAUUCGGGACUUUUUCAGACAAAGGCGAGGACAUUGGAAUGGGUUUUCCCGCGGCCUUCGACAGCAUGAGCUAGCAAUGUUCCCACCGCAGUCUUCGCUUCCCGGAAAAUGGACAUUUCCAUUUUUGCAAAGGCGCUAGUUAAAGGCUAGCUAGUACAUUUGCUGUCAAGUACGAUGUUUCCUGAUACCUACGCGUAUACCACCGGCUGUUUCUUAAUAGUUUAUGAAUACUACGCGGUUGUUCAACUGUGACUAAUGGACUCCGGCCUAAAUAUUCCUAUCAAACCUCAGUUUGGCCCUAUAAACUCGGAAAGACCGUCCAUUUCCAAAUUAGCGAUUAUUUUUUGAGGAAAUUAAAAGACCACAGGUUGCACCUUUGCUGGCUGCCAUGCGGGCGCAAAGUCCGCGUGAAACCUAGUCACCCAUUUUAGUCAUGCAAUUAAGAUAGAUAGUCGCGCGUAGCGCCCACGCGACAGUCGGUUGUCACGAAAAGCGUGCACCUUGAAGGAGGCGGCAUGCACUGCUGAUGGAGAAAAGGGUAGCUACAUUAAGUCUAUUCGCUACCGAUUUCUGAGAAAACGCGGAAAAUUUAAAUUUGCGGCUGAGAUGAAGACCAGCCGGGUUGCAGAAAAAAACGCAGUCUAGUGAGUUUAUAAUGUACUGAGGGUAUGUGGGACCAAACCUCAAAACCCUUGACUGCUGUCUUGUUUGAUUUCCCAGGAAACGCUGAAAGACUCGUAGCCUCGUCAUGCAUCGACACGAGACAGGCGAAACACUCGUAUUUUGAGUUUUUAACUGUGCUGUCAGUAUGGUUAAUCAUUUGGUAUUUGUACACAGGACUGCAAACUGGCAGCGAAGUUGGUGUGUGCAACCUGGAGUGUGUGACCUAACUCUUGAGAAGUAAUGACAGAAUGUGAUAUGAGAAUUUUCAUACCCAGUGAACGUCGAACAUUUUGCUCGCUCACCUAACCCCAUCAAGAAACUGUCAUUUUCUUGUGCAGAAAAUGUGCUGAGCAAUUUUUUCAAUAAAAAUAUCCAUAAAUCUGAGCAAAUGUAGACAGCGUGUUAUAUUCGGGCAAUUUCCUAUCCCAAUACCUUUCCUAGGCUUCGAUUGCGCGUUUAAGUUUGCUUUCCUUCUAGAGGAAAUUAAUUUGCUCAUGGGAGUUCUAUUCGACAGAGUUUACCGCUCUCGAAAAAUGAUUUCGAUUACGGUGCUAACUGUAGGAAUCAGUUUAUUAGCACACAGGUUAUUUUAAGAGAACCACAUGUUUUAUCGAUUUUGAUCAGUCUGCUUAGCAAAUUCGUGGGAUAUUGCGCUCAUGAAGGCGGUUAUAAUGCAGACAGGCUUUCCUUAAUUGAAAUAGGCCGAAACUGUCUCAUCAAUUGGAAAAUUAUAUGGGUUAGCACCAAAAUGACUAUCACCUAAUGAUUAUUUUCGGCUUUGGGCAUAUAAAGUCUUACGUUUCGUGCGGUCUAGAUUCCGCAAAAACGCAAUUUAGAAACGGAACUAACAACACGCUAACGGUUUCAAAAAACUACCAUAUCUAUAUGGUCACUCCUCCGUCAUUCAUAAUCGUAAAACACAUUCUUAAAAUAAGCAAAGAUUGCCAAAUGGACGCAAUAUAAAGAGAUGGGCAUGUUGAUGUGUGCGGUGAAAAAGUAUCAGAAUCUUUCGGCAACGUGACGCGAACGACCACAAGUGUCUAAGUUCAAUUAGGCUGCCCUGUGUAAAAAACAUAACACACAGAUCUCCAUUAACAGAAUACAACAUUGAAGCACUCCUGAAAAGAUUAACUUUUAUAAGAGAAAAUUUUCUAAUUGAUCGAAAACAUAUUCGUUGUUAACUAUUGUUUUGGGCGUUCAUUUUUUCGACGAUGAGGUUCACUGUUUAAAUGAGUCUUUCUGUGUGACCCAGAUAACUUUCUUUAUGAAAACGAACUUCCCAACCACUCAAUACCUCGUCAAGGCGUCUUUAGGAAGAAUAGUACUACAAAGGCUUCAACAAACACAUAACACAGAACCUGCCUUUGUGCGCAGUUGACUAAAAACACUAAAAAUCAGCGACAUUUCAAGGCCGAUCUAAAACUUUACGUAAUCCGUGACGAAGAAAAAGUAUAAAUUUAUUUCACAGAACAAACCUCUUUAUAUACAAAAAAUGAUAUGGGGCCGGAAAUUCAUAUGGGAACUCACCCAAUCCGUUUAUCGAUCUGGUGCCGGCGUACAGAGUCCUGCUCAGCCAUCACAAGUCUUGAGAAGUCAGUCGAUGAUUGGUUAACACGGCUCCGUAAUUAUCGCUGUUACUGUCUCUGGCAAUGGACUUCUGCACGAGUUCCGGUGUUCGAGACCCUUCUUCUUUACUGACACUAAAGUAUAUGCUAACGAUCGCCUUUGUCAGAUAUAUUAAAAUGAAUUAGUCGCCGACCGGUUUAGCAACAUGUGACGUUCAUGUCGGCAAACCAAGCCUGAUCCAGCUUGCUUUAGCACUUUGGAUCUCAGUUGGUGCGCUAAGCUGAAUAAUUCAAUGAAUUCUCGGCCACCUGUUUCAAAGUCUACACUUGCAAUGUAGGCUUUUAACAAACCUCCUCACCUAAAACUGCACUAUUUCUUAGGGGAUAUUAAAAUGUAAACUUCAUUAAAACAAUAGUAUUGGAUGUCCGUUUAGUGGCGCUUUCGCAUUUACUCAAUUGUCUGCAUGCAGAGACAUUCCAUUAUCUAAAACUGAAAUUUAAUUCAGUUAAAAUUCUUUUUGGCGCUUCAGGGAUUUCCGCAUUUUUAAAAAUUGAUAUUUUCGAAGAACGUUAUAUUAACUCUAACUGUUUUUUAUGUUUUCAAUUGCCAUGGAGUUGUUUAUUGUUGAAAUAGACAUUGGGUCCAUGCAUUGGUUUCGGUUUGCGAGUGAUUAGCAAUCUAUUGAAAACUUCGACACCUUUCAUCACAUAAGUUACGUACUGUAAAAGACCAAGGAUUACCAUAAGAUGUCAGGUUUAAACCAAUAUCUGUGAGAUGCCUUGCUAUUGAACUGUUUGCACAAGAGCAUUUUUGUCGGGAUUGGGAUUUCUGGCCAGACCACCACUUGUUUGAUCAUACGAAACCAAACUAAGGAAAUGCCAGUCGAAAUUCUUAACUGUGUUUCCAAUUGGGAAGGACUGCUUAAGUAAAUUGAUAGAAUUGAUUAUCAUACAGUCUAAUCUCAAGAUGUCUCUACCACACACGUAUUUUGGCUUCUUUUUGUUCAUUCGCCAUAGCAACACUCGGCAAGUAAAAAUUGCUUAUUUUAGGCCAAUUUUCUAUCAGCUGCGGAUGUCCUUAUAAAUCCAAACAUAUGUUAGAGGAAAAAGUGGUAAACAUUGUCAUUUUUAACUUACUUAUGAGCAGAUCUCGUCCUCUUUUAAUCAUAAACUCGAUGGGUCUCUUUAGGUUUCAGGUAUGUUUCAAUUUCUGGUUAGUCUUUAAUUUUGUCCGCAUCUGUGUUCGCGUCUACAUUUUUAAGUCAUCAUGUCGUAUACUUUCCGUGGAGGAAUAAAGCACCCAUUCGUUGAUGUUUUCGAGAUGUUUUACAGAGCACAUUUAUUUUUUCAAUGGAUGUGAACUAUGUUGUUAACUUUAUAGGGAGCGCUAGCAGUUGGACAUUUGUAAACUUUCGUAAACCAAAAGAUGUCGCUUAUACGAGUAUAUAUUUUGAAGAAGACACGAAUUGCUACCAAAUUGGUACAAGGUGAUAACGAAUUAUGUUCUAUACUGCUACAUUUGAGCGGCGUUCGCUGACACAACCCAGACUACAGGGCAGAAAAAAGUGUUCAGGUUAGCAAAAGUAAGAGAUCCGGGUCGGUAAUCUGAGGAGAAUGAAUUGCUCACCGGAUCGGGGGACUUUUCUGGCUGACGUUUCGAAGAGCUGGGGCUGCUCUCCAUUGUCAAAGCGUCAAGUGAAAAAAUCGAUCAGCAUUUUUGAAUAGACUGCCGCAUUAGUUGGCCCUGGGCUGAUCGAUUUUUUUUCUUCCUUCUCUGCCUCGGCGAUUGUUGAAACAGGGUGUUUACUUGCUCGACGUUUCCGAUUCCCACUCAAGCUUGUCAUCAAAGACAGUCGCAAGUGGGAGUGAUAAGUGCACAUGAAGUACAUUAGUUACUGGCCGCUGUUGCUCGACAACCACAUAUCACAAAUAAUUGUCGGCACUUACACUUAUCACCGGGAAUCGUAUUUAUUGCGACAACCGCAUGCCAAUCUGUGCAUGAACCGUUAAUUGUCGUAUUUUUACGAUAGUUUUCGGUUCUGGACAUGAUAAACUUGCUACAGCGACCGCACCUUUUUCUUAACCGUUUCUUUGAUCUGACGUCUUUCGUCCCACCGGAUAGCUAAUGCUUAUCUUAAAAGCAAGGAUCGGAUAUGUAAACUUACUGGUAAAAUGGAGCCCGAGACUCCUGUAUUACGGAAAGGGUUUUACUAUUACAGUAGGUGGGCUAACUCAUGAAAUGCCAGCUGAAAUUCCGAAAUGCGUUUUCGCUCCGAAAAGAUUAAUUAAGUAGGGUUGUAAAGCCAGUCAGUCUGCAGAAUACUCCUAUAAUAUUUCAGUUAUCUGAAGAUGCCGGCUUUCGAAUGAACUUCUUUCAGGUUGCAUGUUAAAAACUACACCCUGCAAAAUAUGACUACUUAUGUAGCAUGAAUUUUUCUCAUUGAUUUUUGAUGUCUCUGAAUUUUCAAUUAUAUUUCAUAGAAAGCAUGCAUAAAAAUGUUCAUUCUUUUGCUCCUUUGGUAGAUACUUACAUCGUCUUCCAAUCUUAUAUUCGAAGUUAAUGUAUACUUCGGUCUUCAAAAAUUUUCCAGUUCCAGGAAAAUAUUCAAUCCGCUCGACCGUUUUGAGGCAGUCGAACGUAAAUCUAAUUGCAACCAUGGACCUUUCCCUAACCCCAAUCGCUGAGUUAACUGCAGUCAUGAUAAUCUUCUUAACUUUAGCCAUAAACGCAAUUCUGGUACGACUUGCCCACCUUAAUCAAAUAAGGAGCUCGUCACAAUAGCAAAAGCGUGGACUUACAUAUUCGAGCGCAACCUUUAUGGACUUGCUUCCGUUUAUACAGAAAUCCUGGUCCGGCGGCGAUCAAAGUUACAUCAAGGUACUUCCGAAAUCACGCACUAUUAGCUUUAUUUUAAGACGCUCGCUGUGCGUUUUGACGAUUGCUUUCGUUGAGUCACGACCGGUGAUUUUUCAGUCGCCCGAGAUGAAGGAGGAAAACGGCGCGCUAGUAUGGACCAACCGUCAAUCACUUUCUUUUCCCCGAUGCACGAAAAUUGAAUUGACGGGCGAACAUGUGAUGGGCUGAAAUAUUCAAGAUAUUAUUAUAUCAAAUAUUACAUUAUAUGUAUUAAAGUAUAUCUAUUAUGCAACAUAUACUGCAUAAGAUAUUUUAUCAUUAUAAUGUCAUUAUAUUAUACAUAUUAUUCAAGAACCAAUUAGUAACCGGAACUUCCCUAUAGUAUGUCAUCGUCUUUUUGACCCCUGUUGGGGUGUUGUUGCUUUUGUUGAUCAAAAACUUAGUCACAUGUUGUGUGGACCGGGGGAUUAAGUGGACCGCCGAGGUGUGUGCUCGACCGUGCCAUCCACCAGCGCCCUCCGCCUCUGGUUUUCUUAUUUCUGUCUUGACACCGGAUGCAGGUGGGGAGUAGGGAGAAGAGGAUGCAGUAUAUACCGAGCAAGCCCAAUAUCGCUACAAACAAACUCACGCGCAAGUCACCGUCCUUUCUUCAUCUUGCUCUGGGGCACACGGUGGAUAUCGUCGGAAAGGACGGUCGAACUGUCGAUUGGUUUUUGAAGGGGUAGAAUUGCGCAACUGAUCCGUAAUCCGGCUCACUGAUCUCUGGACCAUGCCGCUGUUCAUGCAUGUUUCUUGGUUGACAGAAACUGAAAAUCUAUUUUAAAACCCAUAAAACAUAUUUCCCAACUUGCAUGGAUGUUUUGCGUAUCCUUCCCUGAAUAGACAGUAUACGCUGAGAUUUGACUGUAAACAAAAAUAACACUGACCAUUAAAUUAAUUAUUUUGACGGGCGUAACUUUUUUCGGAGUGGAAUUGGAAACGUCCAGUAGAAACACAAAUAACUAUGGUUCUCUUCUUCCGAAAAUUGCACAGAAAACGCUUGACAAACGCAUUAAGCUGCCAAAGAAGAAUUCCGCUGGUGAAAACGCCUGGUAAACAACGUCCCAGUAAUUUAAUUCCCCUUUUUCCCGCACAGUUCUGACGUCAACAGUCGUUUCAUCUUGUUUGCCAUGCAAAAGGUUUGACAACCAGUCUCACGGGACGCCUGAGACCGUUGUAACGCUUCUAGCUUCUCCACCUCGAAACUUUAACAAAGCGCUCAGGCAGCAGGAGGCUUUUUAACUGGCAUCAUUAACAGUCUACAGCUUAUUGGUCUAAACCGUUGAAGCUGCAUACGGUACUACAGAUUCGGAUGAGAGAAUGUAAGAAUUUCGAGGGCGACACUCCGAGGAGAGCUGUCGGCUAUUUGGAGCAGGUCUAAAUGAUGCAUCAGACUAUUUUAUUCCCCGUGGAGCAGUAGUACAGUAUGGUACAGUCGAAGAUGCUGAUUGAAAUGUUAGAAACAUUCGCGAAUUUUCUCUAGGAUUUGGGAAAAAGAUGCAGGAAUUUGAACUUCAUCAACGAAGGGUCAUGAUCAAGCCGUCUUUAGGUAAAAAAACUGGUUCGAGAACGUUUUUCAUUUGCGUAAGAAAUAUAUCGCUUACCGACUCUCAUUCUGGAAAAACAUGUACUUCUGCGAUGAGGUCUUCUCUUAAGACAAGCGUAAAAAAUCGGCUCUGAUGGUCAUAUAUGGAAAGAACUUUCGAAAAAAGCAUAGCCCGCAUACGGAAAUCCUCAAGAACUGUCGAUGGUUAGCGGUCUGGGUGGUUAUUAAAUUCGGAGAACUACCAGUCUGGCGAUUGACUACGGACAGCAUCAAUCACAGGAUGUGUGUCAGAAUUGUGAAAUAUAUUAUCAGUUACAACGACAUCAGCCGACGCCGAAUGGAUAACAUAAUUUUACUUAAAAGUUCCCCUGUCCAUCGCUCUAUAGAGAUAUGAGUCUGAAAACUCUUGCAAAUGCAAGUAAGAUAUGGUUAUGCAGUCGCACCUGAUAGAUACAAUAUUGUAGGGGUUGGAGUUAGUGGUUAUGGUUAAGGGUUAGAGUUAGGGCUUACGGUUAAAAAUAAGGGUGAGGGUUAGGGGUUGGGCAACUAUCUCUUGACCACUUAAAGUACAACCGCACAUUCCCACUAGCUUUUCUUUUGCGUACAAUUACUUGACCUCAUCGUCUGUGCGUUCCCCGGCCCCACCUGUAAAAACCCCCUAUUAACACCGGUCCCGUAUUACAAAUGGCUGGGGUUUGUUUACUUCAGGUGCGGCAACAUAACCACACCUGACCCAAAUGUAAUCAAACUUCUGGACAAGAACCCGCCUCGCCGCAUAUGGCCUCCAAUAGAUUUCUAACUCUGCCAACAGCCAGGAUCUCAAUCCUAUCAAAAGUAUGUUCGCACCCAUCAAAAGAAAUCGCCAUAAGGCUAGGCAAAAGCUGUUAACAAAAGAAAAGUUUGAUUUGCGCUCGAUGAUUACGCUGGACAAUCCUUUGUAGACACCUUGGUCAUCUCCAUGUCUGAUAAAAUUUCUGCUGUGUUAAAUGUAAGCGGUCGAUCAGAACACUACUGAUAUUUUGUACUUGUUAUUGUUUUCCCUUUUAAUGAGUCACUUUCUCUAUGCACCAUUACAACUAGCACUAUUUAGGCGUUUUGCAGUAUAGCCUUUUUCUAAAAUUCUAGUUUUCGGUGAAAACUGAUACUUUUCAUUAAUAAGCAUUAAGUUGUAGACACAACUACGCCUCCGUUUUAUAAACGGUUGUGCUUUCGCUGGUGUACGACUUUGAGAAACGCGGUUUUUAACGGAGUUAGCGUUAUGAGGUGUUCUUGGGAUAAAUCGUGACAUUUCAUGAAUUAUCACAUCAACGGCACAUUCGCUUAGGAAUGGUCACACACCAAUCCACUGGCUUCCGGAAGAAAACAGCAUCGUAUGAGUGACAGGGUUCACAAACAGGCCAUCACCUGACAAGGCGAAGUCGGCCAAGCUAUGAUAGCAGAGGGUAGACGACAAAGUCUGAGGGGUAGAUUAAGUCGGAUGGUUGCCUGUUCGACUAUCUAACAGUCAUCACGCCAAGUAAAACAAUCCCCGAUGAAGAGGGUGGGGUGGGAAACCGUGAAUUUUCAUAUAUUUGCGGCAGCAUGGCGACUGCAGCCCCAUGUCCAUGAACCACCCACGUCUGCAAUUGUCUCUGAUGACGGGUUAGAGCUGGAAGCUGAAGUGUCAGGCAAAUAAUGCUCUUGUUCCAGGGGUCAUGUCUCUUUCUCUAUGACUGCUUCCUGGGACUCGUCUCUUCGCUUCUAUUGUUAAAUCUUUCUAUGUCGGAACAGUAAGACCCAAGCAAUGGCAGGAGUCCCCAUGUGGCGAGAGAUUAACUUGUUGAUUGGUGGAUUCUGUCCGGAUAAACAUAGGCUGGUAAUGACUGGAGAUGCGGAAACAGCUAUAGUAUCAUGUUGCUUUUGACAAGUUGACAAGUUAACCAGUGCCAAAAGAAGAGAAGAUACACGUUUCAGGAGGCAGUCCUGAAGAAGGAGACACGAUCGCUGAAACAAGAGCUUUAUCCGCCCGACGUUUGGAUCCCUUCGCGAACCCAUCAUUGGAGACAACAACAGGCACAGGUUGUUCAUGUAUAAGCGACUGGAGUAAAAAAACGUCUGGAAUCGUUUACCGGAUAGGAUGCAGUUGUGGACAAAUCGGUUACGUCGGAGAAACCGGGCGACUGCCCCGAACGCGAAUGGCCGAACACUCGGUGACAGUGCGGGGAUAUGACGCCGCUCUCUAACUGCGGUUCGUUCGACGAGAUCCCACCACACAUUCAAGCUCGACGGGACUGCAAUGCAGACUAGAUUUGUCAAAUGAGUACGCCGCGGGCUGCUUGAGUUAUGCAUACUGGUCCGCAGUCUACUUACAAGUGCAGCAACCUCUCCUUUCAAUAUUCGGUGCUGAGACUUAGCCUACGCGGAGUAAUAAGCUCUAACGGUAGCGCACAGUUGAACACUGUUUCCAACGCCAGGAUCGGUGGGUCAGAUGGUCGAGCAAUCAUCACACCAACAUCCAACGCACGCAAUGCAAUUGCGGCAAUUAACGACCCCAAUGUCGGCCACCAAACAGUCAUCACACCAAGUACACCGAUCCCCGAUGAAGGGGGGGGGAGGGAGAACCGUGAAUAAUUAUAGGUAUGCGGUAACAUGGCGACUGCAUCCUAUAAAUACUGCAGCCGCUUAUGCAUGAAGCAUCCGUUUCUGUUUUUGUCUCUGAUGAUGGAUUCGAGCAAGAAUCCGAAACGUCAGGCUCCUCUGCGGGCGCCAGGUCAUGCUCCCUACCAUCAGCAGACAGCUCUCUUUGAACCGAGAGGCCAGACACUGUGGGUCAGCAACUGUUUCUAUGUGAAUGAUUCGACAAAUAAGAACUGUAUACAAGGCGGCACCAAACGAACGUCAUCCCUGAACUUCUCACAGUGGACUCAUGCACUCAUGGAAAGCUACCCUAGGUGAUCUAAUCGGCCGUGUGUGAGUGUGUGUGUGUCCCAGACGGGCCACGUGUUAGUUGCGCUGAACCAACACGGGGUCCGCAUCGGAUACUGGCAGGCGUUAUCUGUGCGCGAGAACAAAUGCCAACAUCUGCGGGGUGCGCUGGCAGACCCAGUUGACGGCAGUCGUCGCAUAACUGGGACCACUGUCAUCAUCCGGUGGGAAAGGUAGAGAGAGUGCGGUAGAUGCAGCGCAAGUCACCGUCCUUGCCCCCGUCCUGAUGUGGACAUCGUCGGAUGCGACCGUCGAACUGUCAUGUGUGUGUGUGUGUGUGCAUAUCUUGCACAGUCACUGGACCCAGCCCAACACACACCUCGUCCAACAGCACAUUCACCUCUCACACCGGCCUGGUCGGUCAUUUGAGAAUCCAUCUCACAGAGGCUGGCGAAUUAGUGCCUGGAGCACCCACGUACGCUCGCCGCAUCCGCCUCCUCUGCCCUCAUUAACUUGCUCACCUACAUCACACAACACCAUCAACCACCACAAGCACCCAAUUGCCGCCUACCACGUAAGUGAGGUGUGUACGUCUCGGCUCUUCCUCCAUGCGGCUCCUCUGCUGCACGCGUUACCCAAAUCCAGGACUGUCACGGCGCGCCAAGCACCGCGGCAUGUAAAACUGCUGACUCAGUCCACGCGGUUUGCCCAAUUGCGUGUGUUUGUAUGGAGUGGCGGACUGGUGGGCUGAUAGUCAGGCUAAACCGGCUACUUCUUAGCGUGACCUACGCCAGUCACGCAUGUGAGAUAUACGCCGCUCAACCCCCGUUGUGUGAAAUGCUGGUGCUUGUGCCUGGGGGCCAGGCCGUGCAUAUGGCGCGCGCAGACAAGGUCACUGGAUAUGUCAGCCACCGCGCCCAGAAGACGAAGAAGAAGAAACGAUCGCCUCACGUUUUGGAUUCUCACCUGAACCCAUCAUCGGAAACAGUGACAGAAACGCUUGACUCGUGCAUAUGAAGUGGCAAUAUUUAUGAGAUGCAGUCGCUAUGCUGCCGCAUACCUAUGAUUAUAACCACGCUCCCCUUCAUCAAGUAUUGUUGCUCGCUGGUGCACUACCUGCUUGAUGACUAGUUGGGACGAGGACGGAGUGCGCCGUAACAGAACCAGAAGCUGAAUAACAGUAAUAUGCUACCAAAGAGAGUUGAGGGGACUAGAAAGAGAAGACGUGGAAGAGACGAUGGGGUUUUGAUGGAGGUGUUGACGCUGAGAGUCUCGCGAGAGGGGAUAAUCGCGAGUUGUUUGAGUCAUGGUUCAAAGGAUCUCAAUCUAUCAACAAGUGCAACGACACCCCAAUUCCAUAUUCCGUGUUGAGGGCGGAAGCCGGUGAGCCAGAUGGUCGCGCACUCACCAUGCCAGCAAACGAGACGAGCGACAAAAUCGCGCCGACCCCAAAUUCUGGCGAGCGAUCCUGUACAUCAAGAACGUCUCCGAGGCCGUUAGCCGCCUUCUUGCACCACUUGGGGUUGGAGUUGCGCACAGACCAGAGGCCCCCAUGAGGCGUCAAGUGAUUAGACUAAAAGACCCACUGCCACGGCAAGAAACAUCUGGAGUCGUUUACCGGAUCUGGUGCAGUUGCGGACAAAGCCACUACGUCGGAGAAACUGGAAGACUGCUCCGCACGCGAAUUGCCGAACACGUGGCAGCUGUACGGAGAAAUGACGCCAACUCUCAGGUCGCGGCCCAUUCGACGAGACCCGGCCACACAUUCAAGUUCGAUGAGGCCGAAAUUCUCGCGAGAGGGGAUAAUCGCGUGAGCCGCGAGCUGCUUGUGUCAUGGUUCACGGGGCCCCAGUCUAUCCACAAGUUCAACGACAUUCCCACAUUCCCAUUCCCUGAGGCAUAGGCUGGCCAAAGAAAUUGACCACUCGGAGAGCGCGCAAGCACACGAACCAGAUGGCCGAACAAUCAUCACGCCAGCAUCCAACACGAGUGAUGAAAUUUCAGCAAGUGCCAAUUUGCAUGCCGGCCAUCAAGCAAUUAGCGCACCAGCAGGCAACAAUCCAUGGUGAAGGGGAGCAUAACGGUAGCAUAGCGACUACAUCCUAUAAAUACUUCAACUUCUUGUGCACGAAUCACUCGUUUCUGCCACUGUCUCUGAUGAUGGGUGCAAGUGAGAAUCCAAACCGCCAGGCGAAUAAAGCUCUUGUUCCAGCGGCCGCUUCUUCUUCUUCUUCUACUACUACUACUACUACUACUACUUCUUCUUCUCCUUCUGCUUAUUGUCAAGUACUUCAUGGAACUUACAUCAUCGCUUGUAGCACUAGACUGUGUCAGCCACCGCGCCCAUUCCCCGCUCCAGUCAAAUGACCGGCUCGGACAGGGACUGAGGCAGAGAGAGUGAGGCCGACGACUCAGCGCAUUUUCCUCACCAAACACAAUCUGACACACCCGAAGCUAUCACGGUGAGUUAAAAGCUGUGGCUUUGAGGGUUGCCAACUGACGGGAUAACUUGGGCCUCGCAUUUGGUCCAGUGUUGUAUGUUUAUGUGGAGCGGCCGACUAAUUGUCUGAAAGACAGGCUGAAAAGGCGUCUUUUUAAUGUGGCAUUUAUGGCACUCCCACUCUGUGGGAUCCGAGCCGGGUGUUGCGGUACGCCUAGGGGCGGCUUCCUAACUAACUCUGACAACUCUUCUGUACCAUCACAAAUUCCAUCCUCCUCCUCCUCCUCCACUGCCUCAACGACGACCGUUCAGACUGCGUCUCACACAUCACCAACCCCAACACAACAACCGACACCACUCCCACCUCUCCCGAUCCCACUGAUGAGGAUCAGGACUACACCUGCCCUCACUGCGACCGCACCUUCACCUCACGCAUCGGCCUGGUCGGUCACUUGCGAAUCCAUCGCACAGAGACCGGCGAACCAGUGCCUGGAGCACCAACCUACACCCACCAAGCUCGCCUCCACUGCCCACACUGCCCUCGCACCUUUACUCAUCGCUUGGGUCUAUUCGGCCACAUGCGCAUCCAUGAGAGCGGCAUUGACCGCAGCCUUGACACACCCACAACGCUAGGCCCCACACCCAGUUCAUCACCUUGUGCACCCACCAACCUCUCCGCAACCGCCGUCGAUGCCACCGACUUUUCCACCUCUCACUCUUCCCCUUCCUACUCCUCUUCCUCCUUCACUGCCACAACGACGGCCGCCUCGGCGUCUGUCGCCCACGACUUCACCAAAGCCGCACCUGACACAACAACAGGCACAACCCCUGCAACCUCCAUCAUCAGACGUGAGGGCCAGGACUACAUCUGCCCUCACUGUAAUCGCACCUUCACUUCACGCAUCGGCCUGGUCGGUCACUUGCGAAUCCAUCGCACAGAGACUGGCGAACCAGUGCCUGGAGCACCAACCUACACCCACCAAGCUCGCCUCCACUGCCCACACUGUCCUCGCACUUUCAGGCAUCGUAUGGGCCUAUUCGGCCACAUGCGCAUCCAUGACGACCUGCGGUAG